AUGGUCGAGAAUCUUUUCGCGGAAUCCGUAGCGGCGAUUCUGUUCGACACGUCGACAGCUACGCAAUUGCUGACGGCAACUGAAGAGAAUAUAAGAAGACGAAUUCGAGAGGUGCUUGAAGAGCGCAGUGAACUGCAACGAAACAAGAAAAUGGACGAGCAAAGAAACAAUUCGUUGCGGGAACAACUGGAGAGAGCGAAUCGUGAGGCGCACACUGCAGAAAUCGAACGGGCCGCAUUGCAGAGACGAGAGAAGCUGCAUUUGGUGUUCGUUGAUAAGGUUAGAUGGGCAUAA